AACCUCCACUGCGAGCAGAUCAUCGAAAAAAGAAGUAAAAAUUCAACUUUCAUCAAUUCACAGACAAAAAUUUCCCAGAGAAUGUUUCUCAUUUGUUUCAUGGUAAUGACCACGAUUCUGGGUGCAAGUUCCCACUCUGUGGAAGACAUCUUCAAGUCUCACGAAGUGGUACCUGAUGUCGUAUCAGAAGCACCAAACCAGUUUCUACAGGUAACUUAUAGCAAUGGUCUCAUUGCCAAGGAUGGUGUGGAGCUAACACCAACUCAAGUGAAGGAUCAACCACUGGUGGAGUGGAAUCCAGCUGACGUAUCUGACUAUUAUACACUCAUCAUGACCGAUCCAGAUGCACCCUCACGUUCGAAGCCCACUUUUCGUGAAUUUAAACAUUGGGUCGUCGUUAACAUACCUGGCAAUGAUGUGGCCAAAGGCGAGGUACUAGCCGGCUAUGUGGGAUCUGGCCCACCAAAAGAUACUGGUCUCCAUCGCUAUGUCUUCUUGCUGUACAAGCAGUCGCGCAAACUGGAGUUCGAUGAAGAGCGCGUAAGCAACCGAUCUCGCAAGGAUAGACCGAAAUUCAGUGCAGCCAAAUUUGCCGAGAAGUAUCAGUUGGGCCAGCCCAUUGCCGGUAAUUUAUAUCAGGCUCAGUAUGAUGACUAUGUGCCCCAAUUGCAUAAACAAUUGUCCGAAACAUAAUUCCAUUUAUGACCUCUGUCUCUUUUUCUUGUGAAAUGUGAAAGAAUCCAUUUUGGUUUUAUUGAUUAAUGUAAAUGAAAUGUGAAUCGA